GGGGUCAGUCUCUAGAAGGACGAGCAGAUCGACAGGUUGCACGGCGAGGCGCGCGCUAGACUACCAGUGUGUUUCCAUCUGGGGAGGUCCCGCACCGCGUCCCGCAACGCGUUCAUCACGAUGAGGGACUCGCCCUCCGUCACGCUCUCCAGGGAGCUGGUGUACCGCUUCCAGCAACAGAACACGACCGUCACGGCGGCCGUGGUGAGCAGCAGUAGCGGCGGUGGCGGCAAGGGCAGCGGCAGCCACAGCCCCCAGGGGCGGGGCCCCAGUCCACAGCCUUCGUCCUCGUCCUGCUCGUCCAGAGGCGUGCGCGUCGUCACGACGCACGCUGACUCGUCGUCGUCGUCACCAACGCCGUAUCACACCAGCGGGCGCGGUAUGAGUCAAGGCCUCGGCCCUUACGGCCACCAUCACCACCAUCACCACCACCACAUGUUCGGGAGUGGCGGUUCGCCGCUGGGCGAGGACAGCGCGCUAGUGGGGCUGGACCUCUCCGACGACGAGCUGUCGGCGACGCUGGCCCACGCCGCCACGGUGGGCGCCCCCAUGGGUGGGCUGGGCCCUGCCGGGCCGUCCGCCACGCCGCACCAGAUGUCCCUCCCCGGCGCGCUGCCUUCGUGCGCGUACGCGGCGCGGCUCAUG